UGGAAGCCGGAAGUCACGGCUGACGGCGCAGGCGGCGCGUAGUUUUGCUAGAGUGGCCUACUUUUUGCAGGCGUUCUGGGUUCUGUGGAUGAUGUUUUCUUAGCGAAAAAAUAUUAGUGAAUGGAGUGAGAGAAGACAACGUGGGGAGAUAUCAGUCAAGAGCAACCUUUUAUUCACUCUCUCCGUACGUUGGGAACCCCUGCGGCACAGGAGAGACCACCAAACAUAGCAGUUUUUGUGCCACUGUGGUCCUUAAUCUCGUAGCGCUUCAGUUUGCUCCUUUGUAAAGUGUACCUAAUCCUAAUAUUCCUGUCAUCCGUUGUGAAAACCACAUGAAUUAAUUUGCAAAGGAGGAUAUUAAGACAAGCUCCUUGGUGACAGGAACCAGUCUUGUUUGGUUCUCGCUGUAGGCACCACAGGAGGCAUGGAGCUUUGCAUAUGGUAAGCAUUUGAGAAAUAGUGCAUUGGCUGACUGAAGGAAUAGUUGUGAAAGUUAGGGGAAAAAAUGGAAUGACAGGGUCAUCCAUAGUUCUUCUGCUCUGAAACACCCAGUGCAAAAACCCAAAGAGAAUAUUCUGGGGUUCAAGAAAUCUAGAUCUGAGUCCUGGCUCUAUCUCCUUGCUUGGCUCCGGCUGAGUACCGAUCUCUAUCAUCUGAACUUUCCUGGUUGCUAAAUGGAGCUCAGGAAAGAGAGGAGGGGAAGCAAAGCAAAAUUCAUGCCACUUCUUCAAAACAACAUGGAUAGUGUCAUCUUCAUUUUACAGCUGAGUGAGGUAGCAGAAAUUGAAAAUCCAGGUCUUUCUGACUUCAAUAUCCAUGCCUUUUCUGUCAUACCAGGCUCUCUUGUGCCCAAGGGACAGAUUGAAACCCUGUUCAGGGUUGGAUCUGUUCAUAGCACAGUGCUGAUGUACUUCAUUCUUACUCUCCCUCCAAGUAAUGUGAUCAAAGAAACAACAGAGGCUGGCCAUCCACUUGUAGAACCCAGGGUGAGGAGAAGGAGUCAGUGUAUUCCACAGUCUCUCCUCUAGCAGGAGACAGCAGGCUGGGCUUUAUGUUAGGGUAACUGAACCUGGGCAAAUCUUGUCCAUUCUACUUCUCAUCUCCCCUCUUUGAGGAGCAGGGGAAGCGGUAGAGAAGUAACAAUUCCUCCUGCCAUGAGAGACCUUUGUUCAGCGCCUUAUAGCAUCUCCAAACACCUGAGCAGUCCAUCAUUUGAUUUCAUUCUCCCUCAUCCUCCUAAUAAUCCCAGGUGACAAAGACACUACAGUACUGGCAACCCCAUUUUACAGAAGUGUAGUGACUUGUCCAGAGCCAAAAGAGCCUGAGCCAAACUGACACCAGAAUUGUUGUUGUUUUUAACUUAUCUCUAUGUCCAAGGUGGGGCUCAAACUCACCUCCCUGAGAUCAAGAGUCACAUGCUCUAAGGACUGAGACAGGCAGGUGCCCAAUACCAGAGUUUUUGCCAGACUCCCUAAUUCCUUUUCCCUCCAUAGGUUGUGGUGGGUGGGAUCCAGGCCUUGGGUAUUUGUCCCCAAAUCAAGGCUGAAGGGGGAGCAAUUCAAGGUCAAAAGGCAGUAGAUCUGAUUUUAGCCACUCUCUCAGCUCCACAUUUCUUCCUCCUCUUUCCUCUCUCUGCCGAGAAACGGGGACUUUGCCUUCUGGAAGGGCCUGGGGGGAUACGAAGGACAAAGGCAUAAGGACUCGGGUCCCCGGGAUUUCUUGUUGCUGUGUUGGGGCUCCCUUUGGACAUUCUCAUCACCCCAGCCUCGGUCUCAGACUCAGCCUCCACCUCCGGAAAGCAUCGUCCUGUUGCAGGGAGAGGGGCCUUUCUGUUUGGUUCAAGGCAGCCUGAGCCCACACCGGGGAGAAAGGAGUUAAAGCCGGGUCCCAGGAUCAACGGGAUCGGGAAGUUCCGGCGGGCCAAACUGGAGUGGAACGAGCCGACCCGCGAAGGGAGAGCGGUUUGGGACGGACGGGGAGGGGGCGUGCCAAACCGCGCUUCACCUCCAUCAGCGCUCUGCCUCCACUGGGCGCCCGGCUGGGCCGGGCCGGCAGCCGGAGGGGAGGCUCCUCUCCAUGGUCCAGAAGACCAGCAUGUCCCGGAGCCCUUACCCACCCUCCCAGGAGAUCCCCAUGGAGGUCUUCGACCCCAGCCCGCAGGGCAAAUACAGCAAGAGGAAAGGGCGGUUCAAAAGGUCGGAUGGGAGCACGUCCUCAGAUACGACAUCCAACAGUUUUGUCCGCCAGGGCUCGGCGGAGUCCUACACCAGCCGACCAUCGGACUCUGACGUGUCUCUGGAGGAGGACCGGGAAGCCCUAAGGAAGGAGGCAGAGCGCCAGGCAUUAGCCCAGCUCGAGAAAGCCAAGACCAAGCCGGUGGCAUUUGCUGUGCGAACAAAUGUCGGCUACAACCCAUCUCCCGGGGAUGAGGUGCCGGUGCAGGGAGUGGCCAUCACCUUCGAGCCCAAGGAUUUCCUGCACAUCAAAGAGAAAUAUAAUAACGACUGGUGGAUCGGGCGACUGGUGAAGGAGGGCUGUGAGGUGGGCUUUAUCCCCAGCCCUGUCAAACUGGACAGCCUGCGCCUCCUGCAGGAACAGAAGCUGCGCCAGAACCGCCUCAGCUCCAGCAAAUCAGGUGACAACUCCAGCUCCAGCCUAGGAGACGUGGUGACUGGCACCCGCCGCCCCACGCCCCCUGCCAGUGCCAAACAGAAGCAGAAGUCGACAGAGCAUGUGCCCCCCUAUGACGUGGUACCUUCCAUGAGGCCCAUCAUCCUGGUGGGACCGUCGCUCAAGGGCUAUGAGGUUACAGACAUGAUGCAGAAAGCUUUAUUUGACUUCCUGAAGCAUCGAUUUGAUGGCAGGAUCUCCAUCACUCGUGUGACGGCAGACAUUUCCCUGGCUAAGCGCUCAGUUCUCAACAACCCCAGCAAACACAUCAUCAUUGAGCGCUCCAACACACGCUCCAGCCUGGCUGAGGUUCAGAGCGAGAUCGAGCGAAUCUUCGAGCUGGCCCGGACCCUUCAGUUGGUUGCUCUGGAUGCUGACACCAUCAACCACCCAGCCCAGCUCUCUAAGACCUCACUGGCCCCCAUCAUUGUUUACAUCAAGAUCACCUCUCCAAAGGUACUUCAGAGGCUCAUCAAGUCCCGAGGGAAGUCUCAGUCCAAACACCUCAAUGUCCAAAUAGCGGCCUCCGAGAAGCUGGCGCAGUGUCCCCCCGAAAUGUUUGACAUCAUCCUGGACGAGAACCAAUUGGAGGACGCCUGCGAGCACUUGGCCGAAUACUUGGAAGCCUAUUGGAAGGCCACACACCCACCCAGCAGCACUCCGCCCAAUCCGCUGCUGAACCGUACCAUGGCUACUGCCGCUCUGGCCGCCAGCCCUGCCCCUGUCUCCAACCUCCAGGGACCCUACCUUGCUUCCGGGGACCAGUCGCUGGAACGGGCCACCGGGGAGCACGCCAGUGUGCACGAGUACCCUGGGGAGCUGGGCCAGCCCCCGGGCCUUUACCCCAGCAGCCACCCACCAGGCCGGGCGGGCACCCUGCGGGCACUGUCUCGCCAAGACACGUUUGAUGCCGACACCCCUGGCAACCGAAACUCUGCCUACACGGAGCUGGGAGACUCAUGUGUGGACAUGGAAACGGACCCUUCAGAGGGGCCAGGGCUCGGAGACCCUGCAGGGGGCAGCACACCACCAGCCCAGCAGGGAUCCUGGGAGGAUGAGGAAGACUAUGAAGAGGAGCUGACCGACAACCGGAACCGUGGCCGGAAUAAGGCCCGCUACUGCGCAGAGGGUGGGGGCCCAGUUUUGGGGCGCAACAAGAAUGAGCUGGAAGGCUGGGGGCGAGGUGUCUACAUCCGCUGAGAAGCAGGGGCCACAUAGUGGCUCAGGGUAGGGGAGGGACCAAGGGGCUCACCACGGGGGUGUAUCUUUCCUCCAGGGGGCGCUGUCUCCCUCUCAGAUGCCUUCGCUGGAUGUUUGGGGUUUCUUUGGUGGUAGCAUCCCAGCUCCUGGGAUUCCCUUAAAGCCCAGCUGUAGGUUUUCACUUACUGCUGUGGAUGGAUGGGGGGAUGCCCACCUUUCUGCAGUGUCCCUUUUCCCCACCUCAGGGGGCUCUCUCUGCUCACUCCCAGAGAAAAGGUGCACUUCUUUAACUCUUUAUACUUGGGGCUCUCAAUAAGGGUCCUAAAUGGGGUAGCCCUUUCUUUCCCCAACCUGGAGUAUUUGGGAAAGGUAAGGGGGCUUCCAUAGACUCCUUCCCGUGAGGGUUCUCUUCCCUGAACCCCAGAUCCAGGUUCCUUCACCAUGCCCACCCCUCUCCCAGCUUCCUGGCAGCAUUGUCUGGUGGGUGAGAGGUACAGAAUAGAAGCCCCAUGGGGAACUUGUCUUGGGGAGGGGUCUGGGUAGAGAGCGGCAGGCAUCAAAUGUAGUGCCCUCUGCCAGACCCGGACCCCUGAGGAGCGGGCAGCCGGAGGCCCUGCUACCCACCCCACCACUUCCAUGCCUCAGCCUCCGCCUGCGCCAGGAAUGAGCUUUGCCUACAACCUCCCUUGCCUACUGCCAUUAGAAGAGGGGGCCCCUGUGCGUCUGAGCCCCCCCACCCCAUUUCACCUGGGUGUGGCACCCAUGGAACACUCUAGUCCGCCUCAUUUUGAAACCAAAAAAACUGCUCCUUCACUUUUGCCCGGAGGCCCCAGGGGAGAGGCCCUGUGGGUUGGUGCCCAAGAGGUAAUGGCUGCCCCAGGGGUCACCUGGGGGCCUUGGAUCUCCCCUGGGGGCUUGGCUGCCGCUGGUCUUGCUCUGCAUUUGCCUCUUGUGAUCCUGUCCUCCUUCCACGUCCACUCCCCCCCCCAGGAGAUGCCUUGGUACCCCCUCUGGCCCCCCCGGUGGUCCUCUCAGCCUAGCCUCCCUGCAGCCCCGCAGCCCCGCCCCUCCCCAGCACGCAGUGGGGCCAGAGAGCCGACUGUGCCAACGAGGACUGGGCCCUGCCCGGCUGCCCGCCUCGGGGAUGGGCACCUCAUGCCUAUCUCACCACCUCCUGUGCCAGUGUUGGUCCCCCCCCCACCUGGGGUGGGGGGCAGCUUCCACUCACUGGUUAGAAGACACCACUGCCCAGUCUCCCCCAGCCCCCUCCCUGUCUGGUGUCCUGUGCCCCCAGUCUGUCUGUCUGUCCGUCUGUACUCCCCUAGAAGUAUUUGGCCACAUAUAAAACCGCCGUCCUGUCCUUG